AUGACUCUUCAAUUUGAUGGUUGUGCUUUUUUACGUCAACGUCUUGCUUUAUCAACACUAAGUUACACACCAAUUAAGAUAAAAAAUAUUCGAUCACAAGAAAAUGAACCUGGACUACGAGAUUUUGAAAUAAAUCUACUACAUUUAUUAGAAAAAAUCACAAAUGGAAGUAAAGUAGAAAUUAAUUCUACUGGUACUUCACUCUAUUACGUACCCGGUACAUUAACUGGAGGAGUUGUUGAACAUGAGUGUUCAUUGCAGCGUGGCAUCGGUUAUUUUCUUGAGCUUGUUCUCUAUAUGGCACCGUUUAUGAAAACAUCUCUUGAACUGCGUCUCAAAGGCGUGACAAAUGAUCGUGAUGAUCCUUCAGUUGAUCUUAUUAAAUAUUCAGCAAUAUCAAUUAUGAAACGAUUCCUCGGAUCAGAUGAUGGCCUCGAACUUAAGAUAACAAAACGAGGCGUUAAACCGAAUGGUGGUGGUGAAAUUCUAUUUCGAUGUCCAACGAAAAUGAAAUUAAGACCUUGUCAAUGGACAGAUACUGGAAAAAUUAAAAGAAUACGUGGUGUUGCAUAUGCUCUGCGUGUAUCGCCAAGUUUAGCCAAUCGCUUGAUUGAUACAGCUAAAGGAUUAUUAUUAAAGUUUUUACCAGAUGUUUACAUUUAUAUUGAUCAUCAAAAAGGGCAAAAUGCUGGAUUAUCACCGGGCUAUGGUUUAACUUUAGCAGCUGAAACAAAAAAUGGCUCUGUGAUUUCAGCAGAAAGUUGUUCCAUUCCACGAGCUGCCGAGGGUGAUACAACAGCAAUAACAAUACCAGAAGAACUAGCAAAAGAAGCAGUCUUUAAGCUUCUCGAUGAAAUCUAUAAAGCCGGUGUUAUUGAUUCGUUUGGUCAAACACUAACAAUGAAUUAUAUGGCACUUAAUCAAGCAGAUGUUUCUAAAGUAAUUACGGGCCCGCUGAACGCUUAUUCAAUGCAAUAUCUUCGAUAUUUAAAACAAUUCUUUCAAAUAAUGUUUAAAAUCGAAAAUUCAGCAGAAAUACCAAAACAUGUCAGCGACAAGAUGGACGAUGACAUGAGUGAUUCCGAUGAGGAAAGAAAUGACGAUGACGAUGAUGAUGAUGAAUUAAAAACUGGAAGUCCAAAAAUCCUUCUAACUGCUGUUGGUAUUGGUUAUCAUAAUUUAACGAAAACAUUGAUCUAA